AGACAGAUUUCAGUGAUCGUCAUUCCACCUCCAGUAGUUGAUCCAAAAUGGAAAUCUUCAAGACUGUUUUCUUCUUCGUUUUUGUACUUUGCCAACUCUGCUAUGCUGCUGAUGUACUUUCUGUUGAUUGUCAACCACCAUCAAUAGCGGAAGGUACUGAAGGAAUGAUUAUUGUGCAAAAGCUUAUUCCUGACUCACCAUUAAGAUGCUCAGUUACCGUCCUACCACCAAAUAAAGUUACAGCGAAUGUACAACAAUUGACUUUGAAUAACAAUGGUCAAAUCGCCUUCAAAAUUAAUGUUAUACCUGAUGGCAAACCUGGAGAUUAUGAAGCAGUACUUAUCAUUUCUUGCGAUGGACAGCCAGUCUUCACUAAAAAAAUACCAGUUAUUAGUACUGAUUCAAUUGUUGAAGGUGAUCCUCAUUUCUCGCAACUUAUUGUUGAUAGGCAAACUGAACAAAUCGAGAGAAUAUGCUAUGAUGUUAGUGGUAAAUCUGGUGAUUAUAUUGAAAUCUAUACACAUCAACCAACCAAAACUUACGUUUAUGGUCAAUUGUUGGAUGAUUACUAUAUGCAUAUUAUCAAAAUCUUUUCAACUCUUGGCAAUGUUACCGUGUCUACGAAACAUGUCAAGUUUAACAACGAGGUAUUAUAUGCAUGGGAAGAAUCGAACGAUAUUAGACUUUACCACAGAGGCGGAUAUAUGAUAAAAAUCGAUGAUAAUUCUGUUACUGUCGAAGUUGUCAAUAAGGAGGACAUGACAUUCAGAGUUACAAGAUCGAAACAUCCAGUUACUGGACAUUAUUUGGAUUUUGGUGUAUUUGGAAUGUUAAAAUAUGAUAAUGUUGAUGGUUUACUUGGACGUAUUGGAAAUAAUUUGUUCAAGUUCUAUGACUUUGUUCAAACGGAAGACAACACAAAAAGAGGCACAAUCUUGAUAAAUGGCCAUUUUGCGGUCGCUUCAAAGAAAUCAAAAUCAAAUAGUUGUUGGCUAGUUGAUGUAAAAGAUGUUUUACACCCUUAUUCUAUUACUGAUUAUAUUCUUAGAAAUUAAUGGUGUAAUUAUUGAAUUUAGUGGAAGUUGUUUCUUUGAUGACCUAAUGUUAGAAUUUGUUAGUUUUGCAUCAAAUUAUUGAUGUUAAAAGAAUGAAUUUUGUCAUAAAUAAAAUAUUUAUUGUUUAAAAAUUAAA